UAAGAUAUGGGUUGUGAUAAGUCAAUUCAAUCAAUAGCAAAAGGGCACCAUACUAGUCUCAUAUCAUUCGUUAUAAUGUUGACUUGUCAUACGUGGUAAUUAUCAAAAAAUAGACAUUACGAAGUCUUAACAAAAAAAAUGGAUGAUGUGCAUAAAGUGGAACCUUAUAACAUUGCAAAAACUCAUUUCCCUAAACUACACGAGAGAAUACAAAAUAAAUAUAAUGAAAUGCAAAAAAAGAUGGAAAAGUCUAAAUCAAUAGAUAUGUUAAUGUGCAUUGGUGAUAAUUUUAUAUACAAAGAACCUAAACGAAAUCUAAGUACAAGUGAUGUUAGAAAUGAAUAUCAAGAUAUCGACAGCAAUAUUGAAAGUGGAAAGAAACUACGAACAGAAACGAUGAAAAUUGAAAGUACUAAAGAAAUAAAUGCAUCCUAUGAAGACGUUAAUUUCAAAGAAAUUGUUGUUACUGUAGCAAACAACGAUAGAGGAAAUGGAAAAAUUGAAAGUGAAAAUGAAGAUAACCUUUCGGAUAAUAUUUUUCUCAGUGACAUGAGUAAUUUUUCUAAAACAAGCUUGGAAUCUCUACAAGAUAUAGGCAAAGAAACUGAUGAAUCAAGCCUUCCACCUACACCGACAACUAAGUCAAUACGUCAAAAAAUCGGCUUACGUAUGACAGCUGUGAAAGAAAGGCGGAACGCGAACAGGGAAAAAAAGAAAGAAGCCAAAGAAAAGGUCGAGAAGCUAAUUCUAACCAACUCGCCCAACGAUCACUAUGACAAAUUUUUGAAAAGAACUAAAUUUGCAACUACGACUAUUGCAUUAAUUGAAGCCUCUGGUUAUGAAAAUGACGAUGAGAAAUUUCGUUUUUUAAGCUGCCGUUUUAGGUUAGGUUUGGAAAAACGCAAAUCAAAAGUAAUAAAAACUAAUAAACCAGUAGUGAAAUGGCAAGAGCUUAUCAGUAUUAGUAUGUACGAAGAUACAUUGUUGGAGAUAUCACUUUGGGAUAGAGACGUAUUCAUGGGCAAGUCCAUCGUAGAUUUGUCUCACUUGAAACAUGAGAAAACACAUAAAAUGCAGAUCAACCUAGAAGAUGACGGUCGCAAUAUAAAAUUGUUCUUUCUAAUAACGAUAAGCGGAAUAGUUCUUAACAACACAAUUCUUGACCUUGAUGAUUACCAAAAUAUCCGGAAUAAAUUGGGCAUUGAACGCAAAAAAUUUGCGUGGUAUCGAACAUUAAAAGACUUCACAGACGUUGGCUGGCUAUCUGUCAUUGUCUUCGGCGCUAAAGGACUACCUAAUACAGACUGCUAUUGUAUAUUAAAAUUGAAUAACGAAACACUUUACACGCACACUGUUCACAAAACAAACGAACCGAAUUGGAUGAAGAUAUUAGUUUUCACAGUUACUGAUAUAACAUCAGUUUUAAAAGUAAUAGUGUUUGAUGAAAAGAGGUCAGAGGAUGUUGGAAAGAUUUCAAUACCACUGUUGAAAAUAAGUACAACCGAUAAAAAAUGGUACGCACUCAAAGGUAUCAAUCUCAAAGAGAAAGCUAAAGGAAAUAAUCCGAGAAUACUCUUAGAAAUGGGAAUUACUUGGAAUCUCAUAAAAGCAUCGGCUCGUGUUAUAAAUCCGAAAGAACCCGAUCUGUUAGAAACUGAGGAUAAAUUAGAUCGGCAUAUUUUCGCACGUAACAUAUCACGGGCUAAAGCAAUAUAUUCCUGGAUAAUGAGCACAUUUCAAAUAUUCAAGACAAUGUUUGAAUGGGAAUCCAGGAAAAGUAAUAUCAUAGCUUUAAUAGCUUGGUUAUUUUUUUGUUGGUUCUUCAAAAUUUGGAUGCUACCCCUUCUUCUUCUUAUACCGUUUGCGUGGUACAAGCCCACAAAAAACCCCGUACUAAUCAUCAGAAGAAGGUUUGAGCAAAUUCCAAUAGAAGGAGAAGAAAUUCCGAAGCAGGAAAAGGAAGAAAAAAAUUUAACGCUUCGACAGAAAAUAAAUUCCCUCCAAGACAUGGUACAGACUGUACAAAAUGUAAUUGGAAAAUUUGCCAGUCUCGGGGAGAGCGUUAAAAAUCUUUUCAAUUUUUCUGUUCCGUUCGUGAGUUGUUUGGCGAUAUUUUUAAUAUUAUUCAUAACUUUGGUUAUGUAUUUGAUACCACUUAGAUACAUAUUUAUGAUUUGGGGAAUACAUAAAUUUACAAGGAAAAUUUUAAAACCGAAUAGAAUACCAAACAAUGAAAUAUUAGACUUGCUUUCGAGAGUGCCUGACGAUGAAACUUUGAUGGACUGGGAACAGCAUUCUUUGGAAGCGUUAUCCAAUGAAGAUGAACAUUUGUGACUAUCAAGAUCUGACUAACCUAAGAUUACAUUAUUUGUAGGGCCUUGUCCGAAUUCUUUAUUUUAAUCUGUAAAAUAUUAAUAGUGAAAUUAUAUAAUAAAGUAUAAAUUUAAGUAAAUACACAAACGCUGCACGCUUAUCUUAAAUAAUGCAGUAGACAAAGCAUCUGCAAAUGCGGAUGUCUAUAGGCAGCGGUCGCUUCACUUCUUUGGCGAAUUUAGAUGGCCGCUCGCUCGUUUACCACCUUUUACUAUAAAAAAAUCGUAAAAUAAGAAAAAAAUCAUAGCAGAAAGUAGAACGAAGUGUAAUAAUUUAGAUACAAUGAAUUCCAGCACGUAAGUCAGUUUCAUGAAUUUCUCUAACCAUAAAUCACACUGACAGAUACAUUAUGGUUGAAUAUCACAUCAUUGGUGAUAUACAGCAGAUCAAUUAGCCAUUCUAUAUCCUGUUUAGUAUGCAAACGGUGCGCGUUCAACUAAAUCACUAAUCAUCUGAUUAGAAGCAAAUUACACCUUUGCCUUUGCAGACUACGAAUUUGCAUCCCAAGUAAUUACUUUGAUAAUAAUCUGACUAAUAUCAAAGUAAGUAAUAUUACAUUAUAAUUGUAUCGCAUUACUAAGUUAUUUUUCUUCUUCAUUUCGUGAAAUUUGCAAGAAUUAUUUAAGAUGCUAUUAGAUACUGCAUCGCUAUUGCUUAGUGACAGAAAAAGAUUUGCAUCAAGAAGUAGCUUAACUUCUCUAUUUAAAAACGCACGUACAACUAUCUCAUCAAAUAUUAUUUUAAAAUAUAUAAAUAAAAAUCUUCCGAACCAAUGGUGCAAGAAUUUUAUUUUAUAAAUCCUAUGAUCAGCCGAUGUAAUUUCUACAUUUCGUCAAAACUAAGUAGUAAGGUCAAUUAAAAAUAUAGCAACUGUUCCAAAAAAAACAACCAUGUUGGCCUUAACCCUACGCCAAAUAAAAUUAAAAAUAGCUUUUAUUAAUACAGAUUUUUAUUAACAUUCACUACAAUACCGAUUUAAUGUAAUACAGCUACAUCGUAAAUUAAAAUCACAGAUUA